AUGCUGGAAACUGAAAGCUUCUGGGGCCGCAGGUCCUUUCCUCGGUUCACUGCGGAUCGCUGGGCGGAGAGAGCCACCUGCCUACGUCUCUGGGGCCGGGAAAGCGAAUCGACGCCGGGCCCGCUCCUCUGCGGGCGGCCGGUCCCACCUGCGGGACCCGAAGUGGAAGCCCAGCCCGGGGCGGUGUGGCCGCGGCCGGGGCGCCGCGCCGGCGCUGCCGAGUGUACCAUGCUUUCUUGUGACAUUUGUGGUGAAAGCGUAACCUCAGAACCAGACAUGCAGGCUCACCUCCUCAUUGCUCACAUGGAAAAUGAAGUUAUAUGUCCAUUUUGCAAACUGUCAGGUGUGAAUUAUGAUGAAAUGUGUUUCCAUAUUGAAACCGCUCAUUUUGAACAGAAGGAAUUAGGAAGAAACUUUGAGAGGAUCAAUCCCAUACACCAUAGAACUUCAGAUAACAGGAAGGACAGCGCCCAGCAGAGUAGAAUGGAAGUUCAUUCUCCCUGUGCAUCUAACCACCCAAACAUUUCAGCUCAAAGCCAGCCAAAGGAUGGCACUUUAGAACAUAAAGCCUUUUAUUCAGAGAACUUGACUGAAUCUAGAAAAUUCCCGGGAAGUAAGGAAAAACAGGGUGACCUACCCAAAAUAAAAGGACCAAUUUAUGGCACAGUGUAUAGUCCUCCUGAAUGUCCAUUCUGUGGGAAAAUAGAAGAUUGUCCUCAAGAUAUGGAAACUCAUGUGAAAACAAAACAUGCCAAUCUUUUAGAUACUCCGGUAAAAGACUGUGAUCAACCAUUAUAUGACUGCCCUAUGUGUGGACUCAUCUGUACAAAUUACCAUAUUCUCCAGGAACAUGUUGACUUGCAUUUGGAAGAAAGCAGCUUUAGACAAGGCAUGGAUAGAGUCCAAUAUUCUAGAGACCUGGAAUUGGCUCACCACCUUCAAGAAGAAGAAGACAGAAGGAGAUCUGAAGAAUCAAGACAAGAAAGGGAAGAAUUUCAGAAGUUACAGCGACAAUAUGGUUUAGAUAAUUCUGGAGGGUACAAACAGCAGCUACUACGAAGUAUGGAGAGAGAAGUAAAUAGUGGAAGAAUGCAUCCAUCUGAAUUUCACAGAAGAAAAGCUGAUAUGAUGGAAUCACUAGCUAUUGGUAUUGAUGAUGGGAAAACAAAAACUUCUGGGAUUAUCGAAGCACUUCUUCAGCAUUAUCAGAAUGCUGCCCCCGAGGUCCGGCGGGUGUGGCUCUCUGCAGCAGUGGACCACUUUCACUCCUCUUCUGGUGACAAAGGCUGGGGCUGUGGUUACAGAAAUUUCCAAAUGCUACUGUCGUCAUUAUUACAAAAUGAUACUUACCAUGAUUGCUUGAAAGAUAUGGCAGUUCCUUGUAUUCCAAAAAUCCAGUCUAUGAUUGAAGAUGCAUGGAGAGAAGGUUUUGAUCCUCAGGGUGCCACUCAACUUAAUGACAGGCUCCAGGGAACAAAGGCCUGGAUCGGAGCGUGUGAAAUAUAUACACUUUUGACCUCCCUGAGGGUAAAGUGCCGCAUUGUGGAUUUUCACAAGUCAACCGGGCCUUUGGGUACGCACCCCCGCCUGUUUGAAUGGAUACUGAACUAUUACUCAACCGAGAGGGAAGGGGGCCCGAAAGUAGUGUGUACCUCUAAACCUCCCAUCUAUCUGCAACAUCAAGGUCAUAGUCGAACAGUUGUUGGAAUUGAAGAGAGAAAAAACCGAACGUUGUGUUUACUAAUAUUUGAUCCUGGAUGUCCUUCUCGAGAAAUGCAGAAACUAUUGAAGCAAGACAUGGAGGCUAACAGUCUCAAGCAACUUAGGAAAUUUGUGGGAAAUUUAAAGCAUAAGCAGUACCAGAUAGUGGCAGUAGAGGGCGUUCUUACUGCAGAGGAGAAAAUUGCAAGGAGACAAGCAUCUCAAGUGUUUACAGCCGAGAAGAUUCCUUGA